AUCGUUUUAACAUCAUUAAUCGCCAGACAAGCUGCACCUCGCUGCCCUUUAGACCAAUAUUUAUUUUGUAAAAUUUUUCAGACACUCCCCAAGGAUAUUCGUUCUCCUAUUCAAUGUACUACAUCGGCUAGGGCUAGAUGUAAUUAUAGCGAAGUGCUUAAUGAUGAUUUCUUUUGUUCAACUACACCUGAAUGUGG